AUGAAACGGAAUUACGUGAAGAAAUUGAACGAGAAGAAGAAAUAUGACGAUUUUCUCUCAAUUCUAAACAACGUGUUCAAGAAGGCUCGUUACUUCGGAAUCUCGGGGUAUGGGUUCAACUUGUCUUUCGCAUGGAGUCUGGUACUAUUUACCAUGCUGGUGGUAGCAGAAACCGUGGCAGUUUGGAAAGUUGUGAGGUUCCUUGGAGGGUGGCUGAUGAGCGCUUCUGAUAAUGGUUUUAUAGGUCGGAUGUCCGGAGCCAUCUUCUAUGCAAACGCAUUAAUAUCACUAUUCCUUUCAUCAAAGUUUGUGCAUUCUUGGAGGAACCUCUAUAUUUACUGGCUUAGUACCGAGACUAAUACUGCGCUCAAAUUUCCUCCUGACGUGAGAACGAAAAAGAGGGCUACUUUGAUAAUUGUCUUCGUUAUUAGUGUUGCUUCUAUUGAACACAUUCUGAGUAUGAUAUCUGCAACCGGUGUUGGUUUUCCCAUAGGAGAAUUUGUCUACAGAUAUGUCACUAUUUCUCAUGGGUUUCUACUCAGAGCUCAGGACUACAGCGCUUGGAAUGGUAUACCAAUUUUUAUUUUAAGCAAAUUGGCAACAGUUCUAUGGAACUUUCAAGAUUUGAUUAUCAUUCUCAUCAGCAUGGGACUCAGUUCUCGGUACAAAAGACUGAAUUUGUACGUUAGGAAAAUAGUCACUGUUGAAAAGCGAACUGAGACAAAACCGAAGUUCGGCACAGAAUUAUACUUACAAAUACAAGUAUGGCGACGCUUGCGCGAGGCGUACGUUCGACAAUCAACACUCGUGCGCAUGGUCGACCGUAAGCUUGGAUCUCUUGUAUUGCUGUCCAAUAUAAAUAAUUUGUACUUCAUCUGUUUGCAGAUCUAUCUUGGAAUACACAAACCGAGUUCAAGCACAAUAAGUCGUUGUUAUUUCCUCUUCUCGCUAAGCUGGCUAAUUCUAAGAGCAUGCAGCGUAGUGAUUGCUGCGUCCGACGUACAUCUGCACUCGCAAAGAGCUUUGAAACUGCUGCACUCAUGCCCCAGUGCUAAUUAUAAUAUCGAGAUGAAAAGACUACAAUACCAGCUAGCACAUGACUUUGUGGCACUGACUGGAAUGGGAUUUUUCUCGCUACGGAGAGAACUGCUGCUUGAAGUGGCAGCAGCAAUAUUGAAGUACGAAUUAGUUUUAAUACAAUAUGAUAAAUAG